AUGUCUUUUGAUCAAUCCACUUUACCUAAAAAGGAUGAUUCCCUUUGUGAGUCAAGAGAUGCAAUAUCGAUUCCCUCCGUCAUUAGGCAUUCUAUCACAAAGUCAGAUGAAAUUGAUUUAUACGAUUUUCAGGAUACUUCUGAUUAUGCACAGCAAUUAGAAAAUAUCACUAUCAAUCACUCAGCUCACCCUCAGAAUUGGACUACUUGGAAGAAAGCAUUGUUGAUUUUUUUAUCCACCUCCUUACAGGCGUAUGUUUUCUGGACUCCAAACUUUUAUAGCGGUGUACAAUCAAAAGUUAUGGAAGAAUGGACCCUUUCCUCACAGACCUCUUUGCUGGGUCAAAGUAUGUUUUGUCUAGGUGUUGCUUUAGGCCCACUUGUGCUGGGGCCACUAUCGGACUUGGCAGGAAGAAAAAUUGUUUACGUGGGUUCAUUGACAAUUUAUUUAUGCUUUAAUGUUUCUUGCGCGUUGGCAGUCAACUAUCCCCAACUUGUCAUUUCCAUGUUCAUUCUCGGCGUCGUUGGCUCAACUGCAUUAGGCAACGUGGCAGGAGGUAUCGCUGAUCUCUUAAAAGAUGAGCAUUCAAACUGGGGUAUGUACAUGUUCAUUUUCAUGUGUUCAAUUUCAAGUAUCGGUUCUCCAAUGGGUACUGCUGUUUCUGAGAAUCCAAAAUUGGGUUGGCGAUGGCUUUAUUGGAUCAAUGUCAUUGUAGGAGGAUUUUUCUUACUCAUUUUAGCGUUCGCUCCAGAAACCCUUCCUUUGAUAGUAGUCGAACGUUACGAAGCUCGUCAAAAAAACAAACCUGUAUCCAUGAUUCCCAAACUUACUUUCAAACACUUUUUCAAAAGCACGUACUUUAUUUUCUUCAUGGCUUUAAAGAUCUUUUUCACGGAGCCCAUUGUCUUGUCCUUGGGUAUUUACAAUGGUUUUGUAAAUGGACUUUUGUAUUUUUUCUUGCAGGCCAUUUGGCCCGUCUACUCAGACAUCUACAAAAUGUCAGAUAUGGCUGCUUCUUCCACUUAUUUAGCAGCAAUUCCUGCCUGUGUGAUACUCUUGUGGCUUGAGCCCAUUCAGUGUUGGCUAUAUCGUCGUGAUAAACGCAAGAACAGGAGCUUAAGGCCAGAAGCAAGGUUCAUAAUGACAAUUGCCUUGGUAUGGGGGUUUCCAAUCGGCCUUUUCAUGUUUGCAUUUUGUUCCAAACCAGGCAUUCAUUUCAUCGUGUCUUUGAUUGCUCUUACCAUUUUUGACAUGGCCGAUUAUCAUAUCUGGCAGGCGAUGCUUUUGUAUAUCACAGAUUCAUAUCCAAGCGUUUCUGCUUCCGCUGUUGCCGCCUUUGAGCUUCCUUCGAACUUGGGUUCUGUUGUCUUUAUUCAUCUUAGUUCACUUAUGUUUAGCCGAAUGAAUGUUCACUGGGCUGCAGCAGUGGUUGGCUUCGCUUCCUUGCCUUUAAUUGCCUUGAUAUACAUUUUAUAUUUUUUCGGACAUCGCAUUCGCUCUCGAAGCAAACUUGCUACUCGAUAUCUUAUCCGUCUCAAUUCUUAA